GAAACCCAGCUCAGCGAGUCACGUGUCACGUAUAAAAGCUGAAGUCGCUCCACUAAGCUGCGCACUCUCUCUCAUUCGAGGAAGCAUCAGUCGUUGAGGUGGUAAUCCAGAACUCCCCAAGAAGCAGCAACCAUGCCACAGCUCUGCGUUGGAAUCAAUGGCUUUGGCCGUAUUGGUCGCCUUGUGUUGAGAGCCUGCUUUGAGAAGGGCAUCAAGGUUGUGGCCAUCAAUGACCCCUUCAUUGACCUGCAGUACAUGGUCUACAUGUUCAAGUAUGACUCCACUCACGGCCGUUACAAGGGGGAGGUGUCUGCAGAGAAUGGCAAGCUGGUCGUCGAUGGCCAGGAGAUCUUUGUCUUCCAGUGUAUGAAGCCAGCUGAGAUCCCCUGGGGCAAGUCUGGCGCCAAGUACGUGGUGGAGUCCACUGGAGUCUUCCUCUCCACGGAGAAGGCCUCUGCUCACAUCAGCGGCGGGGCCGAACGCGUGGUGGUGUCGGCGCCGUCGCCCGACGCCCCCAUGUUUGUCAUGGGCGUCAAUGAGGACAAAUACGAUCCCUCCUCCAUGACCAUUGUCAGCAACGCGUCGUGCACCACCAACUGCCUGGCCCCCCUGGCCAAAGUCAUUCAUGAUAACUUUGGCAUCGAGGAGGCCCUCAUGACUACAGUCCAUGCUUACACGGCCACUCAGAAGACCGUGGACGGACCCAGCGCCAAGGCCUGGCGCGACGGCCGCGGGGCUCACCAAAACAUCAUUCCAGCCUCCACCGGCGCCGCUAAGGCCGUGGGCAAAGUCAUCCCCGAGCUUAACGGUAAGCUGACGGGCAUGGCCUUCAGGGUGCCCGUGGCCGACGUGUCCGUGGUGGACCUGACGUGCCGCCUGUCCAAGCCUGCGUCCUAUGCUCAGAUUAAGGAAGCUGUCAAGAAGGCUGCUCACGGGCCCAUGAAGGGAGUGCUUGGUUACACCGAGGAUCAGGUGGUGUCCUCCGACUUCAUCGGCGACACCCACUCCUCCAUCUUUGACGCCGGCGCCGGCAUCUCCCUCAGCGACAACUUUGUGAAGCUCAUUUCCUGGUACGACAAUGAGUGCGGCUACAGCCACCGUGUUGCCGACCUGCUGUUGUACAUGCACAGCAAGUAGAUGCCCAAAGGCACAUCCAGAAAGGGACCACUCUCUCACCAUGCUGGUGUCCUCCUCCUUUCUCUUUUCCGCACAGGCACCACCCAUCCAUCACCUUGUCAUAAUCAUGCCCCAGUUCCUUGGCAAUUAGUUCUUCUGUGCAAGUAGAGAACAAAGAAGAUGUGUUCAGUGUUCUGAUUUAAUCUCGUCUUUAACGAUCUAAGUUGAUUGGCUGGUGACAGUAUUUGUGUCUGUGUGCUCCCUGCCCCUCCCUCCCCGUAGAAGCGUUGUUAUGGCUCAAUACUGUCGUUACCUGCUGGCCGUGUCCAUCUCCGUGUCGCUGUAUUUCCAAGGCUUAUCACCAGUGGAAGGGCGGAAUGACUGUCAUGAAACAAAAAGUAAAACUUGAAACCCAUAAA